UCAAAUUCCAUGUACUGUCAAUACUUUAUGAUUGUUUUAUUUUCAUAAUAAAAUAAUAACUCAAAUCUCAAAUGUUUGGUCGUGUUAAAAUUUCUAGAAAAUGUCUGACUUAGUAUCCAAAUGUGUUUUACGUGUAGAAGUAAAAGACGAUAAAAAUGAAGAAGAAAAUGACAGCGGUCCUACAGGAACAAACAAAAAAGGAAAAAGUACUAGGAAAAGAAGAAAUGUGAGGGAUAUCAGCGUUGAAACGUUUCCUAGUGUUCUAGAAAGCCCAAGAGAAGACUGGGGUCUUCUUCCUGUGUCAUCUAGGGAACGUUUGACCUCAACCACCAAAGAUUUUGAAAACAAAAAUGAAAUUGGAUUUUUCAGUGGAAAUCCCUUUGUAGAAAUAACCAAAGGUGUUUUGCAUCUCUAUAAGGAAGAUACACUGACAAGUAAAAAGCAAGCAUUAAUUUUAUGCAUUCUUGGAAUUCCUGCUUCAGUUACAUGCCAUGAUCUAUUAACUUUCACUGCACCUUGUCAUGAGAAUAUAUCACAUAUAAGGGUCAUUAGAGAUUCAAAGCCAAAUCAAUACAUGGCCUUACUGAAUUUUCGUACUAAUGAUGCUGCAGUGGAAUUUUAUAGCAACUUCAAUAAUCUGCCUUUUAACAAUAUGGAACCUGAUAGUAUUUGUAGAAUUGUUUGGGUUUCUAAUGUUGAGUAUGCCACAAAUUCUACACCCCCACCUGGUCAUACUGAGCUACCUAUAUGCCCUGUUUGCUUAGAUCGAAUGGAUGAAUCUGUAGAUGGAGUACUGACCAUCCUUUGCAAUCACACUUUUCAUUCUAAUUGUCUUGAAAAAUGGAGUGACUUCACAUGUCCUGUAUGCAGAUUCGUUCAAAGUCCUGAACAGGCUGAAAAUUCAGAAUGUGAAGAAUGUGGUAAAACAGGACCUUCUCCAGAUGCCUUAUGGAUAUGUCUGAUAUGUGGUCAUGUUGGGUGUGGCAGGUACCAGGGUGGUCAUGCAGCAAUGCAUUACAGAGAAUCUGGACAUUGUUUUGCUCUCCAGUUGGGUUCUCAUCGGGUAUGGGAUUAUAAGGGCGAUAAUUUUGUUCAUCGCCUACUCCAGAAUAAGGACGACGGCAAGCUUGUACCUGCAGGUGGCCCGCCGUCAGAAGCAGAGGGCACUGAUGAAAAAGUUGACUCUGUGCAGUUGGAAUUCACCUAUUUGCUGACCUCACAAUUGGACGAGCAGAGAAUGUACUAUGAAAUGAAAUUGGCGCAGCUCGAAAGUCAACUGAUGGAUGAAAAUAAAGAGCUUAGAGAUGAAGUUGGAUCACUACUGGAAGAAAACAAGGAUCUUCAUCAAAAACUCGGCAUGGUUACCAAGGAAAAAAAUUCUUUGGAGAAGAAGGUAUCACAGCAAUCUACAAAGUUGUCUACAACAUUGCGAGAACUGAAUGAAGAAAAACAACUCGGAAAGGCUUUAAGAAACAACCAAUUGAAAUGGCAAGAAAAAUUCGAGAAAUUGGAGUUGGAAUUUCAUGAAUUGCAGAAGGAGAGUGAUGGAAUCAAAGUUGAAUUGAAAGAGCAGAUAAGAGAUCUUAUGUUCUACAUCAAUGCAAAAGAUACCAUUGAGAAGUCUGAAUUGAAGGAUGAAAUAGCAAGUGGUACUGUUACUGUAGCGGAAAAGUCGAAAGCUAAUAAGGGGAAGAAAAAACGUUAAUGAUGGUGAAAGUUUGUAAUAAAUACUAAGAAUUAAAAUUAAUUUUGAUUUGUUAAUGAGGAGAAUUCAACUAGAAAUGUUCUAUUAAAUAUUCAUUAUUAAAA